AUGGCUGGUAAAGUGUAUGCUAAACCUGGGGACAUCAACAUCGGCGUCUUCGUCAUGGCAACCGAGUCGGAGUCUGGGAGCACGUGCAGUGAGCAGAUCCAGACAGGCUCGACGGCGUUAGAGUUCUCGGAAUCCGUGGCGUUUGCGGUGGAGGAGGUAAAUAAACGCGAGGAUCUGCUGCCGAAUGUUACUUUGGGGUUUUACGCUGUCGACGACUGCGCUCUUCCCGCGAUGUCGUUGGCGCAGUCGCUGUCGUUUUUACCACGUUCUGAUGAAAGCUGUGUGAAAAAGACGUACGGAAACACGACUUGUGUAAGGGAGGAUGUUGUUGUUUAUCCCGUGUUUGGAGUUCUGGCCCCUAUCUACAGUGUAACCGCCGCCCCCGUGUCUUUUCUCUACCGCGUUGCCAAAACGUCAAUCGUUGCAUCCUCCGCGUCUUCGGACGAGUUCAGCGAUAAAAAAAUUCAUCCUUACUUUUUUAGAGUGAUCGGCCCUGAUAAGUUUCAAGUCGAGGCUAUGCUCCACUUUAUAGCCGAUAAUGGUUGGAGUUACGUGUCCGUGGUUUACAUUGAAGGAACGUACGGCGAACGAGCGUUGGACAAUAUAAAAUCUUUGGUCAAAAACUAUCAUAUUUGUCUGGCCACUUGGAGCCGAGUUCAAAACAAUGACGACACCGACGCUGUUGCGCAGAAUCUUCUACGCCACAACAAAUCGCGGGUUGUUAUAGCUUUCAUGGACGAGGAACCAUUUGCUAGGCUUGUGGUUUCAGUCGAGAAGUUGAAGGCUACUGGGUAUUUUAUUUGGAUAGCCAGUGACUCCAUAGCGAACUCAGCAGUCGAAACUUUAUAUUCAAUUAAAGAUUUGCUAAUUGGUUCGUUUCUUUUUUCCUUCUACGCGCCACUUGUUCCUGAAUUUUACUCCUACAUCAAACAACAAAAUAUUUUAGAGUCCACGAACCCCUGGUUCAAACCGAACUGGGAAAGUUUAAACAAUUGUACGUUUGAAGCGGGCACGUGCGACCCAGUUAUUAAUACUCUGAGCAUGUCUAAACUGGAUUUUCAAACCCUGGCCACAUUUCAGAUGGACGCGGUUCUUGCGUUUGCGCACGCCGCACAUAAACUUAUUUCCGGUUUGUGCCCGAAUGUAACCGGAAGUAAAGCACGUGACUGCGUAAAGCGCGAGCUCUUAUAUCAUUACCUGCGAAACUUGUCGUUUACAGGUUACAGCGGGCAGGUCCAGUUUGACAUCAACGGGGAUUCCGUCGGCAGGUAUGUCAUCCACCAAGUCUCCAACGAGACGGUUCGAAUCCCAUCCGUAUACGAAGAUCUUAAAGCGGAAUCGCAGAAAGGAAUUGGAAAAAGAGAAGUCGCUUUCUACGACAAAGCUUCUGGGAAUUUAACCUACAUUGGUGCUAUAUCUUGGAGCCAUGUUAAGGAUUUAAACAUGACGUCUGGGUUUAGUCACGUGGUGUCGAUGUCUCGACCUGUGUCGGUGUGUAGCGUGCCGUGUGUAGCAGGCGAGUACCGGAUCCAGAAAGUUCCAGUCUGCUGCUGGGAUUGCUGGCUGUGUCGGGAUAACCAGAGAAUAGCCAGUGAGGGGUGCCAGGAUUGUCUAGACUUCACCUGGCCCGACCCAGACGCCAACUACACCACCUGCACCCCCAUCCCCCUCACCCACCUCGACACCUCCAGCGUGGUCUCAGUUCUCCAGAUUAUCUUCGCCGUGUUGGCCGUUUUUCUGACGCUUUCCAUCGCCGCGUCGUACGUCCACCUGCGUCACAGCCGCGUCAUCAAAGCAGCCAGCAAAGAGCUCAGCCAUAUUCAGAUCCUGGCAAUACUCAUCGGUUACGUCACGGUCAUCUGUUUCCAGACGUACCCAACACACCAGAUGUGUAGUGUGUUGUACUUCAUGUUCUGUCUAAGUUUCGCCGCACUGUAUUCCUCGUUGCUGAUCAAAGUCGUGCGUAUCUAUCGUAUCUUCAAAAACAGAUCGAAUAUUGGGCCGAGAUUCAUCAGCCCUACGUCACAGGUCAUGAUGACACUGGGCCUGGUGCUUAUACAGGAAAUUCCUACCGAAAUUGCAAUUGAGAACGAAGAAGAAGAAGAAGAAGAAGAAGAAGAAGAAAGAUAUUAUAGGCUAAAUGUCACUGGAUCAACACUGCUUGUGUUUUCUAAAAGAUGGCUUGUCCUCUGUGUCUACAUAACCUUGACCUACAAGCCAACGGCCAAGAAGACCCAGACCGUCCCGACGGAAAAAUUCGUUGAGCUCGCCUGUGACCUGACCUUCCCUGGCCUCGUGACCUUCCUGACCUACAACCUCGUCCUUGUCUCCCUUUGUUCCGUCUUCGCCUUCAAGAGCCGGAAACUUCCGGACAACUUCAACGAGUCCCGGUUCAUCUCGAUGUGCGUGUCCACCACGCUGGUCAUCUGGCUGGCCUUCAUCCCCACCUACUUCACGGCUGGACGUGAGUACGUCCGUGUGCUGCUGCUCUCCGUCUCGCUCAUCCUCAACCACACGGUGGCGCUGGUGUUUCUCUUCCUGCCCAAGGUCUACGCUGCCGUCUACCUACCCGACCAGGUCGCUCGGGUCACCGGGGUCACCACGGUUGCAAGUACUAACUAA